AUGUCAGCUAAAGAAUUGGAUUUGGUGAGCAAAGUUGAUCUCCGUUUGGCCUUGGCGGAAUCAGACCAACAAUUGGAGCAGAAUCUCCAGCAGUUGUUGGCUCCAUUACUAUUGAAAUUAUCCAGUCCUCAUGCGGAUGUACGGCAAGCAGUGUUCAAAACGAUCCAAAACAUAUUUCCUCGGGUCACAGCCGCUAGACAACUUCAAUUGCCUGUUCAAGCAUUGCUUAACCAAGUGCAGCAUCCCAAUGUUCCUCUGGGCGCCGAUCUGUACCAGGUGCGCCUUUACUCAUUGUUGUUCUUGUCCAAAGGUGUCGAAAGACUAGGAAGGGAAGAGAAAGCUUUGUUGGUGCCCAAAGUUAUUAGAAAUAUCAGCAGGUAUCCCCGUCCUGUCUCGGCUAGAGUGUUUGCAAUCUUGAUGAAAUUGUUGAGCGAUUGGUCUGCCCCAGAUGUCCAAGAACACGAAAACACUCGGCAAGUGUAUGGCUUCAACGACUCUCCUGACGAUGAAGUUUUCCUUACGUCUCAGUUUGCAAAGUUUUUGAUGCUUCAACCGAAUGCAACCAGCACAACCGUUGCUAGUCCGGGUUUAAGCGUGGAAGACAAUGCGUAUUUUACUAAAGAUGCGGGCAUCUCAUAUCACACAAGACAGGAUGUGGACAAGGCCAAAAUGAAAAUCCUUGAUUUUUUGAAAGUUGGCUUCAGCGAGAAAUACUUGGCGCUUCCUCUACUUAUAGCAUCUGCAGACUCAUCUUCAUCGAUAAGCGACAGAGUGAAUACUUGGUUCAAGAAGUUAUCCAUCGAUGUUGAAGACCCUAAAUUUGUCAAGCAAUUGAUUACACUUUUUGUCGGUGAUGACAAGACCCCUCCAGCCAAGCCAACGUUGCAAGAGAAAAUUCUAGUUGUCUUGUCGAAGAGCGAACUUGCUCUUUCCGAAUCGAACGUCCGAAACAUAGCCAAUAUUGGGUUGCUGUCGGAUUAUGCAAAGCUAAGACAAGUCACCGUCGCUUUCAUCAGAAGAGUCACCAAGUUGGGGAAAGUACCUUUGGAUUUCAAUAUUGCUACUUCGGCACAGUUGAAGGAAAGCAUCAUUGCAGAUGGUUGGCCGCAAAUAGAUACAACUAAGGUUGCGAAUUAUCGUACGGCCAUUGGUCUGAGACAACUCCAGUAUGAAGCUUUGGGUGAUAUUUUGCGCAAUACCCCAGGUAUCUGGCGAAACAAUUUGGAAUUCCUUCGCUUCUUGUUUCUGUCUUUAGAAGAGGAGACCCUGGAGUUGAGACCCGUUAUUCAAGAUGCACUUUCCAGCUUGAUUAUCCAUCUUCCAGAAUUGGCUUCAGAUUGCAAGAGUGAACUCAAAGAUAUCUUGAGAGGCUAUUUGGUAAAUUCAUACAACUCCCCUAACUUAGCCUCUUGCAAGUACAUUGCCAUCAAGUAUGUCAACUACACUUUCCCGUUUGAGGAUGCAAAUGCACGGUUUUUGUGUAUCAUAGGCAAAUCAAAACAUAACAAUUCAGAUACGGUGGAAGAGGCUAAUAAGGGAUUACACCCUUAUUAUUUCAAUCUUAUGAGAUCGACCAACAAUCUUCAAAGUGAGUCUUCCCGGGACUUUCUAGGUCUCAAUUCGUCGGUUGAAUUCCCUACCUUUGAGGAUAUGGUUAUCACAGUUAAAGAGCAAUUCGAAUCGUUCCCAUACGAUUCUUUUGCUCGCGAGCAACUCAGUGAGGCAAUCAGGUUUAUUCUCAACUUACUAGUCAUGCAGUCUGUUAAAGGUAAACAAACAGUGGUCGUGCCUGAUGAGGACUGGAUUGCCAGAAUAGAUAAGGCCCUUGAAGUUGAUAAGAAUGUCCGCCAACUCGUAACAGAGCAAAUCCAAUUAUUGGCACAGAAAGAUGUACCAAUGACAGAAGGUGAGAAUAUCAAUUGCCCGUUUCAUACAUUCUUAGAAAUCACAUUUGAUGGAUUUCUUCGUCUGACAUCUUCUGGUAACGCGUUCCCAUCAAACCCUACAUAUUUGUCUGUUUUCAAGCUACUCGUGUCAAUGUCCCCCACUUCAAUCAUCGCAGAUCUCACUUCCCAAGUUGACAAAAUGUUUGCACUUAUCAAAGAAGGUGCAAUGAGUAGGGCCGAGAUGAAAGAUUUAUGCGAGGUUUUUGGAAUUGUUGCCUCGAAUACAUCAGUGGAAGACGACUACUUAAAGACGAUAUUGCUGGGUCUUACAAUAGAAGGCAAGAGCAAACAAUUGAAAGAGGCACGAGUCUUGGCCACCUCAUUCUUAACUUCUCGUUUGCUACUUAGAGGAAGAACCGAGGUCUUACAGCAAGAACUGGUGAAAAGUUUUAUUCAGAGCUUGGCCGAGGGUAUAAAGGAAUCCAAAAAUUACACCACAUGCCUUCAUGCUGUAUCACAGUUGGCUAUAUUUGGGGUUCUCGGUCCAAAAUUUGUGGCUUACGAAACGAUUGCACAGGAUGUUGGAAAGAUUCUCGAAGUCGUUCAGAGUAAAGCCAAAACAUGUCAUGAGCUUUCUGUGACAACGUUGGCAAAAUUAGCUCUCUCUCUUCCCUCGACUUAUGAUCUGGAGAUUUCCGAGGCUUCUGAUAUCGAGAAACUCAUCUAUGACACCCACAUUUCCAAGCAAAUCGAUUUCACGUUCUCAAGUGGCGAAGCUUUAGCUAUUCUUGCCGGAGGAUGGGAAGCGACCGUCUUGCAACAAAACCUUGAUGUUCAAGGUGCAGCAGUGGAAUGGUUACCAAAGGAAACUAAUAGACUUCCGUUUGUUCUCGAGCACGUACUUGAAAGCUGUGCACAGACAAAACCAGCGCUUCGAAAGGCAGGCUGUAUCUGGCUUCUUUCCCUUGUUCAGUACUUGGGCCAUAUGUCUCUCAUCAAGGAGAAGGGUAAAGAAAUUCACGUUGCGUUCAUGAAAUUUUUGGUGGAUCGGGACGAAUUAAUACAAGAAUCUGCAUCUCGAGGAUUGAAUAUCAUUUAUGAGCUCGGAGACCACGAACUAAAGGAAGAGUUGGUCAAAAGCUUGUUGAGAAGCUUCACCGAUGCAAAAGAAUCCAACUCUUUGAAGGCUGGCACAGUGGAUCUUGAGACUCAGUUGUUCGACAAAGACGUUUUAAAAACUGACGACGGGUCUGUAUCAACUUACAAAGAUGUUUUAAGUUUAGCUGCAGAUGUUGGAGAUCCUAGUUUGGUUUACAAGUUCAUGUCCCUUGCCAGGUCCAAUGCUCUAUGGUCGUCCAGAAAAGGAAUGGCAUUUGGCUUGGGAUCGAUUUUAUCCAAGACAAGUUUGGACGAAAUGUUUUCCAAAAAUGACAAGUUGAGCGCGAGACUUAUCCCACGUUUAUACAGAUAUCGUUUUGAUCCGAAUGUUUCUGUCUCGAAAUCCAUGAAUGAUAUUUGGAACAUCUUAAUCAAAGACCCUUCGAAAACUCUACGUGAGAAUUUCGACCUUAUCCUCCAAGAAGUGUUGAAAAGCAUGGGAAGUAAAGAGUGGCGUGUUAGACAAGCAGGUGUUUCAGCAUUGAACGAUCUUUUGCAAACACAAUCUUUAAAACAACUUGACUCUCAUUUGGAACAGAUUUGGAAAAUGACUUUCAGGGCUAUGGAUGAUAUCAAAGAGAGUGUUCGGAAAGAAGGUGCAAGCUUGGCCAAGGCUCUUGCAAGAGCUUUGAUGAGAGCUGCUGAUGAGAAAAAUGGUACAAUGAGCGCCGAAAAGGCUGCAGCAAUUAUGAACGAUUUGAUUCCCUUUCUUUUGGGCAGUGAUGGUCUUUUAAGUGACGCUGAGGACGUUCGAGACUUUGCUUUGGAAACACUUUUGAAUCUCUGCAAACUGGGCGGUAAAACCGUGAUAAAACAUGUCCCAAAUCUUCUUGCAACGUUCAUCGAGCUCAUGUCCACCCUUGAGCCAGAAAUACUCAAUUAUCUCGUUUUGAAUGCUGAUAAGUUCAAUCUUAAUAGCGGGGAGGUUGAUGCUAGAAGACUUCAGAGUUUGGGCCAUUCGCCUAUCAUGGAUGCUAUCGAACAAAUCUUGCGAUUAGUGGAUGACCAGCUCAUGCCUAUUGUAAUUCAGAAACUCCAAAGAAGUAUAAAGAAGUCUGUCGGGUUACCAUCAAAGGUAUGUGGAGCCAAAGUUAUAGUGAGUCUCGUCACCAAAAACUAUGCAGAGGUAAAGCCUUAUGGAGAUAAAUUAUUGACAAUGUGCAUUGGUCAACUCAAUGAUCGCAAUCAAACAGUGUCUUCCUCAUAUGCUACAGCAGCUGGAUAUUGUUGCAAAGUUGGCUCGAUUACAGAAAUUGUGAAUUACGGAACACACCUCAAAACAAUGUACUUUGAAAGCGAGGACGAUGAUCAAAGAAUUCUCGUUGGAAUGGCUUCAGAAGCAGUUAGCAGAUAUUGUGGCUCCGACGUAUUUGAGUCAGUGGCUGGAGCUUUUUUGCCAUUGGCAUUUAUUGGAAGACAUGACCCUCUUGAGCUGGUUAAAAGCUUUUUCGACAGAGAGUGGAUUGAAAGUUCGAGUGGAAAUAAUGCCAUCAAAGUAUACUUCGAGGAAAUCACUACAUUGUGCAAGAUAUAUGGCCAAUCGCCAAACUAUAAUAUCCGAAAAAUCAUUGCCAAAGCACUUGCAGAUAUGGCAACCACUAUAGAGAUUGACUCCGACCCACAAACUACGGAACUAUUGGCGCUUCUCCUAGAAUUGUCAAAGGGAAAGUCCUGGGAUGGAAAAGAUUUAGUUCUCAAGGCGUUGGUGGGGUUUUCCACCAAGAAAACUGUAUUUUUGAACGGUCAUAAAGAAAUAUUGGAGCAAGUGACAAAAACAGUGCAAACAGAGGCUAGGAGAAGAAACAAGGCUUAUCAGAUGAAAGCUGUUCUUUCUUUGGGACAGUAUGUGCACAGUUAUCCUUCUGAGGUUGAAGCUGUCGAUACAUACAUUGAUGUUAUGCAAACGGUUUUAACCAGAGACUAUUUUGAAGAGGCGGAUGUUUUACUGAUGAGCGAUUUGGAAAACGGAAAGACAGAUGCACAGAAAGAGGCCAAGAUCGAAGAAUUGUACCUAUCUUACAUCGGCAAUAUCUUUGAAUCGCUUUCGCCGUCUCACUUGAACGCAGAUAUUCUCAAACUUGCUCAUGACAAAAUGAAAAAUCUCAGAAAAAGUGAUGAUGUUUCUUUGACUUGGAGAACCUGUGCUUCUUUCAAUGAACACAUGGGCAUUCUAUUAAAAUCGAUACUUGAUGAUCAAACUGAGCUUACCACUUCCCAAUUGGAUUUGAUCCUGGAGAUGUUUACAGAGUUGACCAACUUCGGAGAAAAAUAUCGCUUAGAAAAAAAUUUGGUUCUCUUUGCUCGGAAUUCCAAAAUGUUCAUCGAACUCUUAUCAAGACAUGGGGUGUCCUAUAAGACACAGUUUGUGCUCGAAUUCAUUGACAACUUGAAAAAAGAGAAUACAUCGACGGUCGCACUCUAUGAGUUGGGAUUGGCUACAGAUAAUUAA